CUUGUUUUUGCCCUCCUAACGGGAUCGUCGGUGGCCGCAGGCAAACUUACGUCUCUGCAAGAGCAAAGCUCGGCACGACAGCAUCCGCCGAAUCGAAUUCGAACUUUCUGGAACAGGCGCAUGAAAAAUGGAGGUAGUCUACGUGUAUCAAAAGAAGCGGAAGGACUUCGGUCGCCAGCCGACCUUCAGCGAUCGGCUGGCAAACCUCGGAACGGAUAUACAGCCGGACCCGACGUAUAUGCGAAACUAUGUAGAGCGGAACUUAUGUCAAGCGGAGAUACAGAGUGUGCCAGAGAAAUCAGAGCAUGAGGUGAAUACCGAGAGCUUUGUGUUGUCGAAUCGGGGUAUUUUGCACGUGCAAGGAGGAUGGCCCAAGGAUGUAGAUGCGACGGAUGUGGAGCAUACAAUACGUUAUAGAAAGAAGGUUGAAAAGGACGACGAGUACAUCCGAUCGGUGCAAAAUCUAGGCAAUGCAAUGGAGCAUUGCAUUAAACAAAAUAACGCCAUCGACAUCUACGAAGAGUACUUUGCUGACGAGCCAGACACGAUAUCCGUUGACACACCAUCCGCCAAAUCUUUGAAUGUUUACCGGGACCCCAACCGGAUAAAACGAGCGGCGACAUAUGUCUCGUGGUAUCCCGACGAGGGCCACAAAAUCGCCGUUGCGUAUUCAAUGCUACAGUUUCAAUCCAUGCCCGCCAACAUGUCAUACGAUUCCUACAUCUGGGACGUCGAGAACCCAAAUACACCUGAGCAAACCCUCACGCCUCCAUCACCACUCGUCAGUUUAAAAUAUAACCCGAAGGACCCACACGUGCUUGUUGGCGGGUCUUACAAUGGGUUGAUCUCGUAUUGGGACACGAGGAAAGGAGCGUUCCCGGUCGACACAUCCGCGGUAGACAAGAGUCAUCGAGACCCUGUUUACAAUCUGUCGUGGGUGCAAUCCAAGUCAGGAUCGGAGCUGUUCUCUGUAUCAUCCGAUGGACAAGUAUUGUGGUGGGAUAUCCGGAAAAUGGCGGAGCCAACAGAAAGCAUGCUGUUGGACCCGGAAAAGAACGGACAGGUGGUCGGAGGAACUGUCAUUGACUACGAAACAACAAUGCCCACAAAAUACAUGAUCGGAGGAGAAAACGGCGCCGUGUUCAUGUGUAACAAGAAGGCGAAAAAUCCGUCCGAGAAGAUCACUCACAUAUACCCCGGACAUCACGGUCCCGUCAUGGCACUCCAGCGAAACCCAUUUUUCCUCAAAAACUUCCUCACGGCUGGCGAUUGGAAAGCGCAGAUAUGGGCGGAAGAUAUCAGGUCGCCAAUUAUGUCCACCCGCUAUGCAUCAUCGUAUCUUACCGACGCGUGCUGGAGUCCAACGCGGCCGUCCGUAUUCUUCACGUCCAAAUUGGACGGCACUGUCGAUGUGUGGGACUUCCUAUUCAAGCAGAGUGACCCAACGCUAACUGUGCAGGUUGGGACUUCGCCGAUUCACUCCAUCAAAGCACAAGAGCAUGGCAGGCACAUCGCAACGACGGCUAGGGAUGGAUCUACAACGAUCCUGGAAUUAUCGGACGGACUAUCCCGUUUGCAGAACAACGAGAAGACGAUAUUCUCACAGAUGUUGGAGCGAGAAGCCAAACGAGAAAAAACUUUGGAGGCUGCGGCGCGUGAGAAGCGUCUCAAGGCAGCACAAAAGCGACCCAACUCGGCGGCGGUCAGACCACUGGGAGAGGCUCUGGACGAGAUCUUCAAGCAGACGGAGGACGACUUUUUCUCGCUGGUAGAUGACGGCAGUGGGACGGCGCGGGAAAGGGCUGUAGCGAGAGAAAGGGAGGAGUAGCGGAGUCAUGAUCUCAAUAACCGCAAAUAAGCACUGCGUUCUACGUGAUAACAAAUCGUUGAGGUAGUCAGCUCCGCGCGCCUCGAACGCUCGACACCACCGAUUGACAUUUAUUCUCGCCAAAGCGGUAUCUGAUCUUCAUCAGAACAAACGCGCAGACGCGAAGGUUACUCUGUGCUUGUAUA